CGCCCGAAACCCCGACCGCGUCCGACGACGGAGUGGGGGGAUAUGGCGGGGACAUCGAAGCAGUGGCUCUUGAUCGGGGCGGGCGCUAUCUUCGGUUCCCUCUCGACUGCCGCUCUCCUCAAGAUCCUUUCCAGAAAGGUUGGGAAGCAGCAAAUCGAAAGACACUCCACUGACUUUUUGAUGCAUAAUGGCAUGAACGGGAAAGAAAAUCCAGCUGGAGAAGGCAGAACUGGUUGCCAGGAUAUUCAUAAUGGUUUAUUGGGUUUUGAUUUAGAAGAUGAGGUGGUAUGUGAGCAACUCACAAGGAAUAUCCAAUUCUUUGGCAUUGAAUUCCAACAAAAAGUAUCGCAGUCAUAUGUUGUGGUUAUUGGCCUUGGUGGAGUUGGUAGUCAUGCUGCUGGUAUGCUUUUAAGAUCUGGUGUUGGUAGGCUCCUACUUGUGGAUUUUGAUCAGGUAUCACUGUCAUCAUUAAAUCGCCAUGCUGUGGCCAAUAGAGAUGAUGUUGGAACCCCAAAAGCCAUUUGCUUGCAAAAGCAUUUUGCAGCAAUAUUUCCAGAGUGCAUUGUGGAAACAAGAGUUCAGCUAUAUGAUCCAUCAUCUGAGGAGGAAAUUCUCUCUGGCCACCCUGAUUUUGUUCUUGAUUGCAUUGACAAUAUUGACACCAAGGUUGCUCUUCUUGCUGCUUGUGUACGUAGAGGUCUGAAGGUUCUUUCUGCAAUGGGUGCCGGUGCUAGAGCUGAUCCAACACGAAUUCGCGUUGCAGAUUUAAGGGAGUCAACCAAUGACCCACUGUCUCGAGCGGUGAGAUACCGUUUGAGAAAAGACCAUGGGAUAGAGGGUGGAAUACCUGUAGUAUUUUCUUUGGAGAAGCCAAAAGUGAAGCUGCUUCCUUUUAAAAGUGUAAGUGGAGAAGAAGAAAACCCAUCAGAUUAUCAGAUAGUUCCAGGUUUCAGGGUCCGUAUCAUUCCUGUUCUGGGUACAAUUCCUGCAAUUUUUGGGCAAGUGAUGGCGUCGUAUGUUGUGACUCAGCUCUCAGGAUUGUAUGUUCAAACUGAACCAGUGGUUAAUUUGGAUAUAGAUCAUUAUCGGAUUCUUCAUAACCGCCUUCUUGAGCAUGAGGAGAUAAUUUAUGGCUCAGCCACUCAAGUUAUGGUUGAUGUUGAAGAAGUAAUGUAUGUCGUCAAAGAGUUGUGGCAUGGAAGAAGUGCAAGAGAUCAAUCUAAAGAUGUUGGUCGCAAAAUGUGGCGGUCUGUUAAUGAGUUAAUGCUUGUAAGGUGGGACAAAUCAAAACCAGCUACAAUUUCAAACUUGAUACUUCUGAAACUUAACGAGGUAGAUGCACAUGAAUCUACAACUAUAGACCAUAUAAAGGGGGAAGAACCUGAAUUCUAUUCCAUGGUGACCAGCGUGCUGAAUCGGACUGCAAUGGAUUUUGGUCUAUGAUGUUGAAACACAUGCGGUGACAGUGCCAACAAAAGAGACCGAACUGCAACUUGGUGCACCUUAUCCUAGAUGCAAGUCUAUCCUGUUUGGUCAGUCAAGAAUCUAGUCAGAAGCUUGAGAUAUCGAGGUCCUAAAGGAGCAUUGCAAAUUUUGGCAUGUAGCAAAUCAGCAGUCAGCUACAGUGAUCCACCUGCACAAUAUCAUGAUCCAUUGGAUCUUGCCAAAACUAACAGUCCAAUUUAAGUGAAUGUAAUGUUAGAAGGGAAGAUUCAGAUGGGUUCCUGUCGAUGCCAUUUACUUGCCUAUGUGCUUCAAUAUUUUUUUAUUUUGGGGGUGCAUAUGUGCAAGACCAUGACCAUCUUUAGUUCUGCUUAAAUUUAGAUGAGCUAUAGAUUGUUUUCUUGUCACAGAGUUAACUUUAUCAAAGAAUCACAGUACUUUUUUUAUU